CCUUGGCGCGCUCCUUCCUAUCGACAGCAAAGGCCCCUCGUUCCAUAUUACCAAAUCUUCCGAUCGCCGCACUUCUAACGAUAAGGGAAAAGAAAAAACGUCUUUACCCUCCCUGAAUAAUGGAUGUUCUGGAUCUGUAAGUGCUUGUCAUGAUGCACAGCACCCUGCAUCGCAAGGCAUGCCAUCUGUACAGUCCGUGGAUAGAUUUCUAGACAGCAUCGAUUUGAGCAUUACUCCUUCAUGCAAUCCGGCGCUUGCCAAGAGCAAGGUUCCCGCGACACCAAUUCAGCAAGUACUUCCCCCAACUCCUGUAUCCAUUGCACCCAUUUCCCUGCCUUUGCUAGAAUCUUCUACGGUUGAGCUUCGACCAAUUCCCUUCACUUUUGGACCAGAGAGGCUUUCUCUCUUACACCACGGGCACCCGUUGAGUUACGACUUGAACCUACUUCCUGAUGACCCUAUUGGUCCUAUCACAUUGCUUGGAGCAACUCAGAGCGAACCUGGCGCAUAUCUUGUUGCCGCAGCACACUACAGGCGGACUGGCCGUUCUCGUGCAGCUUGCAAGGUGAUUAGGGCCUUGCUUGGCAAGCAUGCCCCUGCUACUCGUGCGGGCGGUGUUUUGACUGGGAAAAACAAAGAAAAUGGUCCCUUCCAUCAGGCUUCCUCAUCGCUAGCGAAAUCUCCCGCACCUUCCGUAUUUACACCCAUAGACGUCAACACCACAGCUCACGACGCCGCUGUCUUACGCUCUGCCAUUCUCGUUCUCGCAGCCUGUCAGCUGGACAUAAGCCGCGAUUCUUCAUCUCCCGAAGAGAGGAUAGCACAUGCAACCGCUGCUCAAGAACUUUUUCGUACAAUAUACGGAACGAAAAACGACUUAAUUUCUUCCAAGUCAGGAAAUACUAGUACAGAUGUGAACGCCCUAGGACUAGCUUUUGCAGAUCACACCCGAAAGCUUUCCACCGCCAACAACAGCCUACCUAUUUCUAUGUCCAAGCAAACAUCAGGCGUCCCCACUGCUCCCGCUUCUACUCGUAUUCUAGCUCUAGAGGAUGAGCUCCGACUCACGCGCAUAGCCAAGUCUACAAUUGAAGCCGACCUUGCUGCUGCGAAGAAGCGCCAGGAACGCACUGACCUGUCUGUCAGAGAAGCUGAGACCCGUUCUCGUGACGCCUACCGAUUACUUGAGACCGAGAGGGAUGAAGUUCAUAACUUGAAGCGUCGACUCGUAGAGACGGAACGGAAGGUGUCGGAAAUGGAACAGUCAGCUGCUGGUGCCGAGUCACGCGUGUGGGUGAGGCUGCGGGACAUGGUUUAUGAUCAGUUUGGGAGCACAAGAGGUUUUUGAUGCGUGAGCUAAGUGUGUUUACGUUCGUCUCUUCAUCUUUUUCAGAACAUUGCGGGGUUUAGAAUCAGGACCAGUCAUGUGGUGCAUCUCAUCACAACCCCAUCACCAUCAUCAUUGCCACUUGUACAUCAUAUCAUUUCCUGCAGCAUUCGAGAUACCGUGUUUCACAGUCCACAAAAGUGUAUGUUCUUGUAAUUAUCCUCCAUGUAUGGAACUAGCAUAGCGAGAGAAUAGGAGGAUACGUUCCAUUGGAAUUGUGUGAUGUGAGGAAGCUGAACGUCCACC